CUGCGGCUACAAAGUUAUAGAGCUACUGCUACUGUCUUUUAGCAGGUCCUGUCUUAGUCUUUUCUGCUUUGACGCGGAAUGUUGCUCUCAUUCUGUCUCUUGGUUGCAGCAUUUGCCCCUACAUUGGUGGUAGGACAGCCCGCAGUGUAUCCCUUCACGGUGGUAGGAAUUCUGGGCAGUGUAAAUGUCAUAGGCACAGAGGUUAACUCUGGUGGCUCUGUGAGCGUUAGCGGAUAUAACAUUCGAAUUCCCGACAACUUGCUUGUCGAUUUUCCCGCAGCACAGGUACCCUUCGCAGAGUUUGCAGCAGGUGAUCGAGCAGGCCCAAAUGAAGUUUCCAUUACCGGGAACGUUGUUGGCGAAACAAUCAUUGCGGGCCAGAUGGCUGUGUCCCAACUCAGCCUACAGGCCUCGAAUGGAAUUAUAGAGAGCUUAAGUUUCGAUGGAGCCAUCAAACUCCUUCACGGACCAACGAUUCGUAUCAACGAUCCUCGGGCGAGAUAUAGCUCUGGAACAACGGCCGUCCCAUUCUUCACAGCUGACGAUGAGAAUCCCUCUAUUACGAGCUUUGGUGGCUUUCCCAUGUGCGUGCCUCGAUCCGGCGAUGACCCUCUUUGUCCGCAGAGUAACAGGCCAACCGCUGUGCCUAAUCCAAAGAACUACUUUGUACCGAAUCCGAUGCUAAUGGCACCACUAAAAGUGGGCGAUUAUGUCGAAUUCUCAUAUAUUGAGUUUGGUGGAGAAUUGCUCUGCUACGCGCUCACUGCGAACGUUGGAAUCUACACGACUGCCGGCACAGCACCAGGGUUCAUCUUGGUUGAAGAUGCACUUAUCGGCGUCAUUAAUAACAAUCCUGACGUUGAAUUUGCCAGAGCCAGAUUUGUAGGCUAUACAACGGAUCCGAACACGCUAGUAUCCAUCUAUGCCAUCGACAUUAACCCAUGUACAGGCGUGGAAUCCGAUCGACUCAUUGGGAGUGCGAUUCCCGAAAACGUCGCCGGGGGCAGAUCCAAGUGGGAGUGGCGCUCCGACCGCCAGGAUAUUGGAUACUACACUCGAAACUACCGCGUGAAGCUUGCGUCAGGCCAGAAACUCACCACAAACGGAAUUCUCUCUGGGCAGUACGUUCAGCCAGUUACAGAAUGGAUUUUCCCCGAAGUCAUCACACCCGGGGCCGUCAACCCACCGCUCGACUUCUCGGGCAUUGGUCCGCUUGCCAACGGAUUCGGACCCUAUUCGAGCGGCAAAAUAUUCAGGCAACUUACUCCCUGGCCUGGUGCGACGCCUCCCACCCCUAUUUCUAUUUGUACCGAUCCCGUCACAUCCGUCAGCGCCACCACAGAAAUUCCAGAGCCAACGGAGACCGGGACUGAAGUGGUAACAGCCACAACCACAGUAGUUCCGACUAUAACCCCCGUCCCCCUCAUCGUCGACGCAGGUUCUGACCAGACAGUCCGCGGCGGUGUACGCGUCACUCUCAGCGGCGCACAAACCGCUCCAAAUAUCCCCACUGCAGACCUCGCAUAUAAAUGGUCUCAAAUUGGUGGUUCGAUCAUUAACAUCGAGAUCGCCUCUCCCGACGCAACGGUCACCACUCUCAACCUCCCCGUCAACCUCGGCACCACCAACGAGGUCCGCGAGUUCCUCCUGCUCAUCACCCAUGUCCCCUCCGGCAGCGUGGCAAAUGACACCAUUGUCAUCACCGCGGACAAGACGUCCAUCGACCACCCCGUGAUCGAAACAUUCACGUGGCAAAGCAAGCAGAGCGGGACCGUUGCCGUAACGGUGCGUACGGAGCUUGUUGACGCUAGCGCGAGCAUGAAGUGUCGCUUUGGAAAUGGAGCGGAGGUGCUAAUGACGAGGGCGGGGCCGGGGGUGUACACGUAUGCUGCGAGGAGCACACCGCAGCCAGCAAGCGUGACAGUGAGGAGUUAUUUUGGGACGGUGGCGGUAGGGGCGGGCGUUACGAGGACGGGGGUCACGUUGUUGUGAUGGGCCAUCUAGCCUAGCAUAUAAUGAAAGUAGGAUGUGGAAUCGUAUAUUAAGUCAUUGAAAUGGUCGUUGAGGUGUGUAAUAGAUUGAAAAACAGGUAGUAGAAUGAUAUAAUCGAUCCUAAAGAG